AUGUACAAACGCAGACGACGAACAGUAUGUACUAUCCCAACCUCUGUCCCCACCGCCUCCACAGCGGGCGCUACUGCGGCCGCAGGCAAGUCGUCGUCCGUGUCUCUGGAGCUCGGGCACCCGGCGGAGUGCGCGGCGUGGAACUCUACGGCGUCGUGCGUGGUGGUCGGCGACGCGUCGGGUAGGCUUCACUUCGUCACCCCAGAGGGCACGCUUAUCUUCUCCCAGCCACUCCUGACCAACCUGGUUCGAGGGGGCGGUAGCAGCGACGACGACGAGUCCGGGGGUGAGACGACCGCCAAAUCCCCUCGUGCUUUCAGUUGCAUCAAGUUCGCAACGUCCACCGAUACCCGGGGACCGGGGGCGGCGGCGGCGGCAGCAGCGGGCGAAGCCGCGGACGGCUGCGAUCAGGAGCUGCUGGCGUUGUCGGCCUCCAUGCAGCUGUACCACUUCGCCAACGUGCCCAUCGCAGCGAUCGAGGCGGCCUGCUUGGCCCAGGACGUAGGCGCCCUCAAAAGGCUGAGGGCCGGCAUCCGUGUCAGCGUCGCCGACGCCAGCGGCGACGAGGAGCCCUUCCCCUGCCCCUCAUCUCUGGAGCCUUCCUCCCGAGACAAACUCCCUAGGACGGCUUGCUUGCAGACCCUCCGGGGGGGGCGCAGCCGGGUGUAUUUGGUGUCGCGGGGAGGGGUCAGUGUCUGGGCGCGGGGGCCCGGGCGUAGCGUCAGUAGGCACUCUCGUCGUUGCGGCGGGGAGAUUGGAGCGGCCGCAGCUAAGGAGGGGGAAGAGAGGGGGGGGGGGGCGGGUGAGGAACGCGGCAGCGAUGGAGAUGCUCCGAGCGCGCCCGGGGUGACGGGGAAGCUGGUGAAGGUUGACGGGGUCCCCGCGGGGGAGCUUUUCGGCGAGGGGGGUGCUAUUUCGGCGGAGCUCUCAGCGGACGGCCGCUGGAUAAUCGUGGUUGACGACAGGGGAGGCCUAUCCUGGUGGAACUCUAGAUCCCUGCUCCGCCUCGGCCGCUGGUCCUGGCCCCACGGCGCCCCGUUCCACGUCACGAACUUUGUCGUGCUAGCUUCCAACCUUGUCGACGCCGGCGACGGCGGCGGCAUCGGCCGCGCACCCGUGGGGGGCAGCGGCAACAACAACUCCCACGGCGAAGACCGGCGGCCGUGCUUGGCGUGCAUCUCCCGGGAGGGGGAGGUCCGCGUGCUGAGGCUGGGCGCGGGGGGAGCCGAGGAGCUGCACCGGAUGCCGCCCGCGGCGGGGGCGGGGAUGCUUACCGUGCCGUCCCCGUCUCGGCACCAGUUCUUGCUGGUCACGAGGUGUGUGUGUGGGGGGUACUCAGCCGUGCAUGCCGCGUUGCUGGCCCACGGGGACUUCGACAGAGCGCUGGAGCUCGCCAGGGCUAACUCCAUGGACGAGACCGAUGUCCACGCCGCUCGCUUGCUGGCGCUGUUGAGGGGAGCGGGGGGUGCGGCCUCGGCAUCGGGCGAUGGCAAGGGAGAUGCCGCGGUGGCCGGCCCGGGUCUGAGCCCGCGGUUUUUCGACGACGCGAGAGCGCUGUUGGACAGGCUGGACAGCCCCGGAGUGCUUGGUCGGGCCUGCGAGGCCGCCGUCCGGGCCGUCCUGCCUUCCCUCGCGGACGUCAGGAAGCUUCUAGAGGUGGUGGAGAACCGUUUGCGAUCAUUCGACACGGCGGGCGCCAGGGUCCGCAACACGAUGCUCGAGCGCCUGACGGGGGUCCUCUCGCGGCUCCGCACCUUCGAGCUCAUCGAGGGCGGUCGCAAGUCGACCCUGCAGGCGUCCGCCACGGCUGCCACCGCCGCCUCCGCCGCCGCCGUCGCCGCCGCCACCGCUACCUCGGAGCUGGCGGCCGUAGGACUUCCAUCGGGUACGCUGACUCGUCCACCCGGCGACGACGACAGCAGUGACGCAGAACUCGGCGAUGGGGAAUCUGCCGUUGCCCGCGGCGGUGGGAAGGAGCAUCAGGGUUGUGGGCGUGACGGGGCCAGGGAUGUGGGUGAUGACAGCGACGACGACGACGAGGGCGAGGAUGCUCAUCCGGGGGGAGCGGGGCGGCGAUCGUCUUCCCCAGGUCCCGUACUAUCCUCGCGCGCCGGUUCCGAGGACGGCGGCGGUAACCCCCACACACACGACCAACAUGGCGGCAGCGGCGACGCCGAAUUGUCGGAGGUCGAGCGCUGGCUGCAGUUCCUCGCCGCCGACCUGGUUUCCUUCAUGGGAGGCGCGCUUCAGGCCGGGGACAUCCAGGCCGCCGCCGUCGCCUGGCGGCGGCACGGCCGCACCGAUCGCGGGGCCGGUCGAGCGGCGGCGGCGGCGGCGGCGGGAGGGGCCGGGGGCGGCAGCGGUGAGGAGGGAGGCCGGCGGAUGGGGGUGGCUCUGCCCGGGCAGCUAGCCAGCGUCCCGGCGGGCGCGCCGCCGCUGCUGCUCGGGGGGUGGCUCAGGGACGAGGUGCUGCCGUGGCUGGAUGCGGUCGAGGUGGUCGCGGUCCGCAGCUGGGCCGUGGACCACGCGCGAGACGUGGAGUCUCUCGAAAAGCGCCCCCAUGGCGCCCUGCUGUUCGCCAGGGCCAUCGCCCAGGGGUCGGGCCGCGUCCUCGGUUCUGCGGCGGCACUGCUGGCGGUUCACUCGGCCGAGCUGGCGGCGGCGGAGGCGGAGGCGGCGGCCAGGAGGACCGGCCCGUCCGACCACUGGAAGCGCUGGAAGCCGGACGGGCUGGAUGCCUUGGGGAAGACUCUCGGUAUGGGGCAAGGGCAAAACCAAAACCCUGUACACACCUUUUUUGUUUUAUGGGUUCUAGAGUUUCACACUAAAGCCUGUACAAUGUGGAAUAUGAGGACCGUGCUUUAA